CUUAUCGAGUUGUCACUGUGUUAACCACAAGCUUUGCACUAGCUAACGAUAUUCAUCGAGUGUUUUGGAAUGUCGCUUUUCAGUGAUGUCUGGAAUCAGCAUGAACAUGGUAUGGACUCGGCACUGGGCAUACUGCCACAUAUAACUCCUCAGUUCUUCGUCCCUCGAAUGGUCGACAAACCUCAAGACCCCAUAGUGCAUGCAAUUGAGAGGGAGAAAGCUACAGCUCUAGGAGAAAACGAUUGGCGUGAUGGCCACCCAAAAGAUAUCGCGGGCACUCGAGACAUUCCCGCACUUCCAUCGCUGUCACCGGCGGUGCUAUGGGCAAAAUCAGCAAUCAGUGGGGAUCAACAUUCAGAUAAAGUUGUCUCUUGGGACAUUCUGCGCCAACCGCACCCUGAUCGUUCCUACAACACUCCCUUCUUGACUGAACAGUCUUCCGAAGUGUCAGCUUCAGCACAAUACCACCUGCACCCUUUGCCGUUUGACCAACGAGCAAGUGUAGUCUGUGUAUCUGAGCUUGAGCUUCUUGAGUCGUUGAGAAUGACAGUCCUCGGAACUUCGUCUUUUCUGCAUACAUGGGAUCCAGUUUCAGAGACGUUUGUAUCAUUGGGGGGCGCCGAAAAUCUACCAAAUAGACUGAUUAUCAGUGGCAAGGAUGAGACGAUGAGCAGUAGUCUCUUACGGCGAUUUUUGACCAUUGGUACAUUGAUGCGACGGUUGGAGGUAUUCCUGAGCGUUUUACGAACGCGACGCAAAGAGGAAAGUGCAACGGUCCAUGCUUUCUCGCAUGCGCUCUCUGUGGUGCUAGUCUAUCUACGUGACCAGCUUUCUUGUGGGCCUCUCUCUAAUUUAUGCAUCCCGGUCUCUUCGAAUACCUUAUCUGCGACAUGGCUGUAUUAUGGGGAUUUUGAAGAUAUAACCGUCUCUUUAGCGUCACUUUGCCAAAGGGGCCUUGGGCUGUCUCCCUCGCAAUAUCCGCGAUUUACGAUGAAACCGGUGGCUCUACUAUCUCGUAUAUACAAGUAUCUCGAUACCCAUUUUCGCAAAUCGUCUUCUCGGAUUUUGGUUGCCGUGUUCGCUUAUCUCCUGACGAUGUCCUCGAAAAACUACUUGCAGACAUUGUGUCGCUCAGUUGCCUACGCUGACACCAAUACCCAGCGAAUAGAAAAAGGCCAGCAGCCUCAGCCAACUGCAAUCGGUUUGCUGGACAUCGAAGAACUUGACCAGGCGUCACCUGAAGAAGAUGGAGUUCUCUUUUCUGAGGAUGAUGAACUGCCAUCUUUUAUACCAUGCGAAUUGGUUGAAGCAUUGCCAGCUGCUCAAAAAUCUCUCAAAUUGCUCGCUGCCGCAAAACCCGAUCAUCCUGUACUAAAUCCUCCGGUGCGACGGCCGAUCAUCACUUGGGUCUGGUCGACCAGAGACAUCCAAGAAUUAUGGAGGACGGGGUCUCUCGGUGAGGUCGAUGACAUUGCGCCAGCUAGUGGCCCCCACAAUCCCCCUGAUUUAGCUUCGGUUGAUAUCAAUCUCCACGGGUGCAACUACCAGUCCGACCUCAUCGGUUUCCGGGUUUUUGAUCUGGAGCCUGGCUCAAACGGAGACAAUACAUUCAACGAGCACUCAAUGCACGCUGCAUUGCAAAGCUUCAUUCUGUCUUUCCCCCCCGUUCUCCCUUCAAUCGCCCCGAACCUGAGUCUCCUGACUAGCUUGGUCUUUUCUCCGCUUAUCUCACACGCUGCCUCCCUUUCUAGUGCACUAUUAUCAAUAUUCCUGGACCAGAAUUCGUUCCUUUACGUACACGAUCAUCUGGUUCUACUUCGCUCACAUAUGCUCCUGACCUCCCCGCCAUUCAAAUCACGACUCACAGCUGCUUUGUUCUCCGAUACCGAUGAUCGCGAGGUUGUCGCUGGAGGAGGAAAAUCAUUCGCAUUGUCGCGCCAGAGGAGUAGAUCCGCUAUAGGAGUGGCUCAACGUGGCACCAGUCGUUGGGCCGUCGGUUUAGCCCCGUUCUUGACAGAGCGAGGGACGUGGCCUCCUGGGGGUGCCGACCUUAGCUUUUUCUUGAGAACUGUCAUCGUGGACUCUCAGGACACAUAUUCAUUUGGCCCUGAUGAUAGCCAAGAGCAUGAAUCGAAGCGCAUAGCAGAAGAAGCUGAAUUCCGUCUUGGGUUUGCCAUUAGAGACCUCGCCAGCGAUACGGGACGUGAACGAUGGCUCAACCCGCUUUACAUUGAAGCAUUAGACUUUUUGUAUCUUGACUACAAAGUUCCUCACCCUUUGGGCGUUAUUAUCACACCGGACACUACAUCCAAAUACCAGAGGAUCUUCGCGUUCCUUUUACGCGUGAUGAGAGUGGAAUCUGCCAUUCGCGCGGCUUUUCGGAUGACGCAUCAGGAUGUAUUAUUUCCGACCUUGAAUCAAUCCAGGAAACUCCUCACCCACUUCCGUUUCGUGGCGCAUUCGUUCGUGGCCACCCUCUCUGCAUAUAUAUUUGAUGUGGCAAUCGGGGGCAACUUUGACGCAUUCCUGGCUCGAAUUGCUGCGUGUCGUUUGGGAACAAGCUCUGAGUUCUCAGAUGUCUUUUCACUCGCCGAGGCUCACUCCACUGUCUUGAACGACAUUCUGAGUGCUUGUUUGAUGCGCUCGGCCCAGAGAGCAGCUGGUGAUCUACUUUGCGGAAGCUUAGAACUUAUCCUAGAGUUCUGCGUUAUGAUUGGUGACCUCAAAGACAGACGGUUGCAAGAGUACCAGGCGUCAUCAGCUCUUGAUGUGCUCUUUGCUGCGUUUCGUAAGAAAAUAUCAACCUUGAUGAAAGUCCUAGAGGUCCUGUUGGAGAAGGAUUUGAAAUUAUCGCAACGCCAGGAACUCUUGCUUGCGUUACAGGAACAAAGCGAUGUUCGCCACGCCCCUGGCGGUCUAGAGGCGUUGCGCCACCUUGUAUUACGCCUCGACAUCAACGAAUGGUGGAAGAACUCAUAA